AAAGAAAGAAAUCUCGACAAAGUUAAUACGCAGUCGUAUUUGUGUUUCAUUCUUAAAUAACAGUCGGGCUCGUAUAUCUCGCCUCCGCCGCCGGCGAACAGUUUUCUCUCUCUACUCUCUCUCUCAAAUUCGUGUUCUAGUUUCUGCCACGAAACCCUAAAUUUCUAGAACCCUAGAUUUCCCGUGAUUCUGUAACAGUAUCUGAAACCAUUGAUUACGAAUCUGUUAUCUCACCUGCAUUCUCCUUUUAGUCAGAUUCGAUUAUAAGAGAAGCUACCACAAGUUAGCUAAUUCGAUUUUGCAAUGACGGUCUACAAUGGAAGAUACUAAAGGAAUCUCUGAUCCGGAGAAUGGGAGUUCGAUUUACGGCGGAAAACCGCCGAAUCCUCUCUCCUUCUCUUCUUCCUCCUCUUCCGCCGCCGCCUUAUACAGGCAGACCUUUGACGGCGACCGCGACCGCGACCGCUUUUUGGCUCCCAGGUCGCUGGUUCGACACCCAUCUCUCGUGAAGACAAAGGUGUCAGCUUUAUCUGUUGAGAACGAGUUUGCUUUAGACAAGGUUGAGUUUGUUCCCGCUAUGCGCUCCGGAGCUUGGUCUGAUAUUGGCUCCAGGUCCAGCAUGGAAGAUGCUUAUCUAUGCCUCGAUAGUCUCAUGGAUAGCCACGGUCUCAAGGACUCCGAGGAUGGACCGACCGCCUUUUACGGGGUAUUCGAUGGACACGGUGGGAAGCACGCUGCUGAAUUCGCGUGUCAACGUAUACCGAGGUACAUCGUUGAGGAUCAAGAGUUUCCUAGUGACAUCAAUAAGGUGAUGUCUUCGGCGUUUCUUCAAACAGACGUUGCCUUCUCUGAGGCUUGUGCGUUGGAUGGGAGCCUUUCUUCAGGAACUACUGCUUUGGCUGCUAUUCUUACUGGAAGGUCGUUGGUUGUGGCAAACGCUGGAGAUUGUAGAGCAGUCUUGUCUCGUCAGGGGAAAGCCAUUGAAAUGUCAAAGGACCACAAACCCAUGAGCUGCAAAGAGAGAAGACGCAUCGAAGCCUCGGGUGGAUACAUAUACGAUGGCUAUCUGAACGGGCAACUCAAUGUGGCUCGCGCCAUCGGGGAUUUUCAUAUGGAAGGGAUGAAGAGAAAGAAAGACGGUUCUAACGGUGGACCUCUCAUUGCGGAUCCUGAGCUCAUGACAACUAAACUAACCGAAGAGGACGAGUUCCUUAUAAUGGGCUGCGAUGGGGUUUGGGAUGUGUUCAUGAGUCAGAACGCUGUCGAUUUCGCUAGGAGGAGGCUGCAAGAGCACAAUGACCCGGUUAUGUGUAGUAAAGAGUUGGUUGAAGAAGCUUUGAAGAGGAAGAGUGGGGAUAAUGUGACGGCGGUGGUUGUGUGCCUUCAGCCGCAGCCGCCACCGAACUUGGUUGCACCGAGGUUGAGGGUUCAACGGAGCUUCUCAGCGGAAGGUUUAAAAGAUUUGCAGAGCUACUUGGAUGACUUGGGGUGCUAAUUGGGGGGCGGGGGACAUGAGGAGGAUGGUGACGAAUGAUUUACUUUGUUUUGUUUUUUGUCUUCUCUUUUGGUUAUAGUUUUGGGUUUGUGGCGGUUUUGUUCUAUUGAAUUGUUACAAUUUGAGUAAGUUAUAACAUAAGGCGGCAUACAAUAAUAUCUUUGAUUGGUGGGAUUUGUUUUCUUCAUAAUUUGUAUGCUUUUUCGUCAU